AAAUAUAAAAAAAAAUCAAAACGACUCAUAACUCAUCGGCUGACAACACGUCAUAUGUACGCGUCAGUGUUUUUGUUAAAGUCGCAGCACAGCAGCGUUGGAGUGAGUGGAUAAAACAAACGUCAUGUUGGCGUUUCCCAACUCAUUGACUGAAGAAGAGGAGGCUUUGCAAAAGAAAUAUGCAAAACUUAGAAAAAAGAAAAAGGCAGUGCUUGUAUUGAAGAAGCAAAGUUCUACCAGCCAGACAAACCAGGCUGGUUUAAAGAGAACACCGACUGACCAGCCCGUCGUUGACACUGCAACAGCGACAGAGCAAGCAAAGAUGCUCAUCAAGUCUGGUGCCAUCAGUGCCAUCAAGUCAGAGAACAAGAAUUCUGGUUUCAAACGCUCUCGAAUGCUGGAGAUUAAACUGAAGGACCCAGAAAAAGGCCCAGUUCCAGCGUUCCUACCAUUUCAAAGAAGUGUUUCCACAGAUGAAGAGCAGCUUGAGCCUGGAAAAAGAGCCAACAGAAAAUCUUUGUAUGAGAGCUUUGUCAGUUCAAGUGACCGAUACCGUGAUGAGGACGAGGCAGGGGCGGUUUCGUCCAUCCGGGACGUGGACAGAGACCGAGAUGUGGACAGGGAGCGGGAAAAAGACCGGGAGAGGGACAGGGACCGGGAGAGAGACAGGGGCAGAGACCGGGAGCGGGAUCGAGACAGAGACAGGGACAGAAGCAGAGAAAGAGAGCGAGAACGAGACAGGGAGAGAGACAGAGAUGGACCGUUUAGAAGGUCUGACUCGUACCCAGAGCGCAGAGGUGUGCGGAAAGGAAACACUGUGUAUGUUUACGGCUCUGGACUGGUGGAGGACAGCCUGCGCUCGUCCUUUUCUCUUCAUGGAAACAUUAUUGACCUCUCAAUGGACAACCCACGCAAUUGUGCAUUUAUCACUUUUGAGAAGAUGGAGUCCGCAGAUCAGGCUGUAACUGAGCUGAAUGGAAGCACAGUGGGGGACGUUCACAUCAAAGUCAGCAUCGCUAGGAAGCAGCCUAUGCUGGAUGCUGCGACCGGCAAGUCUGUGUGGGCUUCACUAGCUGUGCAGAACAGCACCAAAGGCUCCUACAGAGACAAGAGGAACCAAGUCGUGUACAGUGAGGAUUUCCUCUGAUGACGUUUUUCUUUUUUUCUUGUAUUGUUUGACACAGAUUCUUUAUGUUUAUUUUUGAUUCAUUUUAAUAAACCCAGGUGUCCAACAUGCCUGCAACAAA